UUUAAAUGUGGUGUGUAAUCGGUGUUUUGUUCGAAUAAAAAUUAUUAUCAGAGUCGGAAUCUUAUCGUGUUCACGAUAGAGUGAAUACCUUUUAUUUUAUUUUCCGGGGCGGCGUUGCUGUCGGUUGCCAGGUUCCACUGGAGCCAGAUAACAUAAGUUUGUAAGCUUUUAUAUGUGGAAUAUCUAGAGCCCUAAGAUUAGGUGCUGGCGGUGUGCAUGCGAUGCAUGGAUGAGGCGAGUCCAUGUGCGGUGGUGCCGGGAUCAUGGAGGCUGGGAUCAAGACGUGCUGCGGAGAGGAUGCAGAACAAACAGAUUAUGAACUCAGGCGAAUCCGGGCGAAUGAUCCUGACUACAACAAUAUCUUCAACUAUGCUAACAAUUACAUUAAAACAUCCAAGUACACCUUCCUGACAUUUGCUCCUCUCAAUCUUUUCGAGCAAUUUCAAAGAUUAGCGAAUUUUUACUUCCUUUGCCUGCUAGUCCUCCAGCUUAUACCUCAAAUAUCAUCUUUAACUCCUAUUACAACUGCUGUGCCUUUAAUUGUUGUGUUGUCCAUAACUGCCCUAAAAGAUGCCAUUGAUGAUAUUCAAAGACAUAGAAGUGAUAGCCAAGUGAACAACAGGUUGUCGAGGGUACUCCGUGGCGGGAAACUGAUCGACGAGCGAUGGCACAAAGUCCAAGUGGGCGAUGUCAUCCGCAUGGAGAACGACCAGUUUGUCGCUGCCGAUUUGUUGCUCUUGUCAACGAGUGAGCCCAACGGCCUCUGUUACAUCGAAACUGCCGAAUUAGAUGGGGAGACCAACUUAAAAUGUCGGCAGGCUUUGGUCGAAACGGCAGAACUGGGUGAUGACAAUGAAAAGAUGGGAAGCUUUGAUGGCGAGAUCAUGUGUGAGGCUCCCAACAACAACCUUAGCAAAUUUGAGGGCACCCUGAGCUGGAAGGGCAAGAAGUACAUGCUGGACAACGACAAGAUGCUGCUGAGGGGGUGUGUGCUGCGCAACACCAAGUGGUGCUAUGGCGUCGUGGUGUUUGCUGGCAGAGACACCAAGCUCAUGCAGAACAGUGGAAAGACCAUCUUCAAGAGAACCAGCCUAGACAGGCUGCUCAACCUACUCAUCAUAGGGAUUGUGUUCUUCCUGCUGAGCAUGUGCCUGUUCUGUACGAUUGCCUGUGGGGUGUGGGAGACAGUGACUGGCCAGCACUUCCGCCUCUUCCUGCCCUGGGACCGGCCGGUGCCCACUGACAACGUGGUCAGCGGCGCAACGGUCAUCUCACUGCUCGUCUUCUUCUCCUAUGCCAUCGUCCUCAACACAGUCGUGCCCAUCUCGCUAUACGUCAGUGUGGAGGUGAUCCGCUUCUGCCACAGCCUGUGGAUCAACUGGGACGAGAAGAUGUACUAUGCCCCCAAGGAUGCACCGGCUAGGGCCAGGACCACAACCCUGAAUGAGGAGCUGGGCCAGAUCGAGUACAUCUUCUCGGACAAGACGGGCACUCUGACCCAGAACAUCAUGACCUUCAACAAAGCAUCCAUCAAUGGGAGGGUCUACGGGGAAUUGCUGGACGAGAUCACCAGAGAGCCCCUUGAAAUCAGCGAGGACACCAAGGCAGUAGAUUUUUCUCUCAACCCUGUGUACGAGCCUGGUUUCAGGUUCUACGAUAGAAGCCUUCUAGAACAAGUGAGAAAUGGGGACCAACACGUUCAUGAAUUUUUUCGAAUACUUGCCCUCUGUCACACUGUGAUGUGUGAUGAAAAAGAUGGUAAAUUAGAGUAUCAAGCUCAGUCGCCGGAUGAAGCUGCUUUGACUUCUGCGGCUAGAAAUUUUGGUUUUGUUUUUAAGUCUCGCACACCAACAAGCAUCACGAUAGAAGUGAUGGGGAACAUAGAAACCUAUGAUCUCCUAGCCAUCUUUGAUUUCAAUAACGUCCGAAAACGCAUGUCUGUGAUAAUUCGAAGAAAUGGCAAAAUCAAAUUGUACUCCAAAGGUGCUGAUUCUGUGAUAUUUGAGAGACUUAGCCCUAGUUCCAAUGAUAUGAAAAUGAAAACUUCAGAUCACUUGAAUAAAUUUGCCAGUGAAGGUUUAAGAACUUUGUGCUUAGCAUCAAAAGAUUUAGAUGAAAAUGUCUUCAAUACCUGGAAUGAACGGUUUCACGAAGCUUCUAUUGCUCUGGAACACAGAGAGGAAAGGUUGAAUGCCCUCUACGAAGACUUGGAGCAAAAUCUGAAUUUAGUGGGAGCGUCUGCCAUCGAAGAUAAACUGCAAGAUGGUGUACCUCAAACCAUAGCAAACCUGGGAAGUGGUGGGAUCAAAGUAUGGGUACUGACAGGAGAUAAACAAGAAACUGCAAUCAACAUCGGCUAUUCCUGUCAGCUGCUGACUGAUGAGCUGAUCGACAUCUUUAUAGUUGAUGGCAUGAACUACAAUGAGGUCGAGCAGCAGCUCAACAAGUUUCUGGAUGCUGUCCAGAACCAUGGUCGGGGCAAUGGGGACUGCUACAUUCAGCCCUACCUGGACGAUCUAAACUCGUUGUCAGAGAACGCAGAAGGCUGCGGAUAUGCACUCAUAGUCAAUGGACAUAGCCUGGUGUAUGCCCUGCAGCCCUCCAUGGAAACUCUGUUCCUGGACGUUGCAUCUGCCUGCAAGUCUGUCAUCUGUUGUAGGGUGACGCCCUUGCAAAAAGCCCUGGUCGUCGACCUGGUCAAGCGGCACAAGAAUGCUGUCACCCUGGCCAUCGGGGAUGGGGCCAAUGACGUCAGCAUGAUCAAGAUGGCCCACAUCGGGGUCGGCAUCAGCGGCCAGGAGGGUAUGCAGGCCGUGCUGGCAUCGGACUUCUCCCUGGCCCAGUUCCGGUACCUGGAACGUCUGUUGCUGGUCCACGGGCGCUGGUCCUACUUCCGCAUGUCCAAGUUCCUGCGCUAUUUCUUCUACAAGAACUUUGCAUUCACCCUGUGCCACUUCUGGUACGCCUUCUUCUGCGGAUUCUCUGCUCAGACCUUGUAUGAUCCUGUAUUUAUCUCCUUCUACAAUGUUUUUUACACUUCCCUUCCCGUCUUAGCACUUGGAGUUUUCGAUCAGGAUGUGAGCGACAAGAACUCAAUCCGCUACCCCAAGCUGUACACCCCCGGCCUGAUGAACCUGCUCUUCAACAAGAUGAUCUUCCUGAAAUCGGUGGCCCACGGCCUCCUCACUUCCUUCAUCCUCUUCUUCAUCCCCUAUGGCGCAUUCAGCUUUGCCGUUGACCCCAACGGACUUAACAUCGACGACCACCAGCUCUUCGGGACCACAGUCUCCACCAUACUCGUCCUGGUGGUCACCGUGCAGAUUGCCAUCGACACGGCCUACUGGACCAACUUCAACCAUGUGGUGAUCUGGGGCAGCGCCCUCUUUUACCUGGGCAUGACCAUCCUCAUAAAUAUGAACUUCUUCGGCAACCCCUACGUGGGCACGUUCCGGAUGACCUUGAGCACGGCACACUUCUGGUUCACCCUGUUCCUGACUAUUGCGGUGCUGGUGGUGCCGAUCGUGGCCAUCCGCUUCUACUAUGUGGACACUCACCCCACCCUCUCGGAUCGGGUGCGGCUGCGGCAGCGACUGAGCCACCUGAGGUCGCGACCUUCAGAGCCCACGCUCAGGAUAUCCAGCGUCAGGCGCAGCAGCAGGCGGUCCGUCAGGUCAGGAUACGCCUUCGCCCACCAGGAAGGCUUUGGCCGUCUCAUCAUGAGCGGCAAAAUCAUGAAGAAGAGCAAGUCCAGCAACUUCGCUGCCAACAACCACCUGCACUCCACCCCUAGGCCGCAGAAUCACUGGAACCACAAGUCGGGCAACUCGCGGGAGAAGGGCAGUCCCUCGACUGUGGAAGUCUAGCGUCUCGUGCGAAAUGAGCUUCUCGUUUGUUUCGAUGCCAUGGUGUCUUUUUUCCUCUGCCGUGUGUGAUGUCCACGAGCUGGAGACACAUUGUGAGACCCGUUGUUGGUUUCGAUGCUGUGGUCUUUAAUCUCUCUGCUUCGUGUGAUGUCCAUGAGCAGGAUACACUUGCGAGACCUUUUUGUUUACAUGCUGUGGUCUUUUUCCUCUCCUUGUGUAAUGUCUACAAGCUGGAGAUGUGUGAGAGCUGUUGUCUGUUUCAAGGCUGCAGUCUUUUUUUUCUGCUUCAUGUGAUAGCAGGAGACUGCACAAACAAGAGUCUGCUGUUGCUCUUGUGCAAGCCUGUAGCCAGACGUUUGUUUUAGUAUCAUUUUAUGGGCAAUAUGUUUUUAAAAGUGAUAUUUAUGUAACUGUAUAGAAGUUUUUAUACAAGGGGUGAAACUUAUAUAAUGGCAACUCUUUAUUUGCACCUGACUCAUAAGUGAUACAUGCCACCCAGUUUACAGUCCUUCAAUGUAGUCACUAGCACUGUAUACUACUCGUUUCCAAUGACGUUGAAAUGGUAGAAGAUCUGUUCUGUUGAUAGUUUAAGUGGAGUGGUCUACUGUUACAAGAACCUCUGGAACAGUGCUGAUGCAAAUGCCUUAAUGUGGUUCAUUCAUCAUAGUGGUUCCAUCAUCAUCAAGACUAAGGCUCUUGUAAGAGACUUUGACUUAAUUUCUAAGAUGAACCCCCGAACUGUACCAGAGAUACUUGUAGCAGUAGACUGCUUCAUUCGAACUAUCAACAGUACGGGUAUUGCUACAAGUGUCCAACGACUUUCACAUUGUCCAAAAUGGGUUGUACACAAUGCUAGUGAGUAUAUUAGAAAGACAGCUAAACUGGAUGCUAUGUGUCACUUUUGUAUUUGAUAUAAAUAGUUGCCACUAUUAAAGUUCCAACCGUCAUUUGUCUAUCAUCAUCAUUGUUGUUUUAAGGGAGAGGGCAGGCUGUUCAAUCACCACACAGUGGAUGCUUUUUAGACUUCCCAAACUACAUCCGAAACUUUUUUUUUUUCAACUUACAUUCUGAUUAAUAGCAUAAUUAAGGCUGAACUUUUUAUACCUAGUUAAUGCAUAGUGUUGAACAUCUUUUUUUUCUCUUAUGAUCAUUUUGUUCAACUUUUUUUAGCUUGGGGGGGGGGGGGGGGACUAAAUCCUAGGUGUUUUUUUUAAUGUUGCGUACAUAGUUUGUUUUAGUCCUAUUCUUUUAAGCAAAACAUUCGCUCCACGUAUCAGUUGUAGAUACAAUCUGGUCUCUUGACAAUAUCGUUUUGCAUGUAUUUCCUUUAAGAGAUAUACUAAGUAAAUCGGUCUAGAGGGCAUCCCUUUGACAUGGGAAUAACAAUAUCUUCAUAACUGGUCUGAUCUGAAUAGAUUAAUGAACACUAAUAGUAUUUUUAUCUUUUUUUUUUUUUUUUUUUUUGUUUUUUUGGUCUUUUAAAUGUUUUUGGUGCAUUUUCUCUAACAACAUGGAGCCCAUGAUAUUUGUGUAAGAUCUACAUGUGCCUAUAUACAAAGAAAAAAAGCAUUAGAAAAGGUGAGAUUGUUUUCAAUUGGUUCGCUUGCUUUCUUUGCUACAGGCUUGCUGCUACAGUGCACCAUUUUGUUGAAGGUUACAUCAGCAUCAAAAAUUACUGCUCAGCCUAUGAUCAUUUUUCUUAUAUUUCAAAAAUAUUUCGGACCAUUUUUGCUAAUACUUCUUAAAGAAAUUUUAUUUUAUUGUCUUAACUGGUCUCUCCCAUUGAUAGUGUAAGUGAAAAUUGAAGUUUUAAUAAGUAAAUAUUGUAUUCAUAACAAGAAAAAAAAAAUUUUUUUGAAGUGUUAAUUGGAUUGUAUAGAAUAACUAUGUAGUUUAUUUUUAAUAACUGGUUAAAUAAGAUGGUGAACUUUGUUUUAGUACUAUAUAAAUAGUUUUUAUGUUGACAAAACUUUUUUUUUUCUCAUUCCAUUUUUAUUUACAUUGCUUAGAUUCUAAUCUGGAGACACACUGCUGAGAAAAAGUUUUAAAUCCACCCCCCCCCCCCAAAAAAAAAAAAAAGCACCAGACCAAUUUAAUCCGGCCUUAGAAUUUUAACAAAUGUAGUAUUAUUUUAGCGUUAUUCAAAAUGAAAAUUUUUUGUCAAUCUUUUCAAGUUUUUUCAACUCAGGCAUGUUUUUCUUUAAGGAGUAUAGCUUUAUGCAUAUUGUAUGUCAAUUCAUUUCGAUACAAAUUUAAUUCGUUAUAGUUUUUAAUUCAUCACAUUCUUCCAUCAUUUAAGAUUGAACAUUUUUUUCAAUUAAGUAUUCAUCAAUUAGAGUUAAUUUGAUUAAAUUUAUUGCUUAGUACCUUUUUUAAAUUACAAAUAAUUAUAAUCUAUUUUAAAGAUUGAUGAUUUAGCAUCGAGUAGACCUAAUGGCACCUAUAUACGAUCAAUUUGUAUGGCGAUGAAUUGAAUGACUGAGGGCGCAAGAAACCAUGAUGGCAGCAUCCAUCAGUGGUUGCAGUCCUUUUCCAAUUUUAUAGCAGGUAGUAAAUGCUGCAUUUUAGAUAAAAUAUCCGAAUGAUUUUUUAAUUUAAGGAGAGUCAUUUGCUAACACUUGUAUUUUGAGAUUGUGGCAUUUAGUCUAAGAGCUUCAAGCCUUCUCCACAGUGUUUUUCCUUAAUGUUUUAAAGCCCAGUACGGUUGUGUGUAUCGAGUUGGAAUAUUGCCUUGCAUAACUUUGAUAUUCCGAUUUUGCACGAGUCCCCGCCUGCUAGCACCACCAGGAUGAGCAGAUCUCAGUCUAGGUGGCGCUGCAGCAGCCCUCUACCUGUGUGACCGGAGACAUGUUUCUAUACUUCUGAACUUCUUGAAAGGGUGGUUGGAACAGGAAAUAUGCACAUUCUUUUUGGUGUGUGUUAUUAUUUUAUGUAUAAAAUGUGCAUUUAUUUCGUGAGAGGCGUUUUGUAAAAUGUACUUAUGAAAUAUUUUUUUUUAAUAGAAUAAGAGGAAUAUCGGAAUGAAUGGCACAUUUAGAAGCAAAAGUGAUACAAAACCAAUUUGGGGCUUUAAAAAUUGCUUUAUUCCAAUAUGAUGAUUUUAAUUAAAAACUUAUUGUUCCUAUCAAAACAAAUUCUUUUCAUAAGUUUUCAUUAGUUCAUUUACUGUGGUGAGUUUUGUGUUAUCCGUCAUGUUUUUUUUGAAUCAAGUAAACUAUGCAGUUUCUUUACUAGGUUUUUUUCUUCUGAUGUUACCUGUGCGUGAAAAGCUGGUGCUUUGUAAAACAUCGGUGUUUCAUACAUGUAUGCUUUUUGUUUCAUUUUAGUCCAUAUCUGUUUAAAAUUAUUUAAGGGGGCGGGGACUUUAUGAAUUUGAAUAAUCAUGGGACAAAUUUCAUUUAAAGUUGUAGCAAAAAUUGUAGCUCUAUAUUCUGAAGAAGAGCACUUUGACUUAGGCGAUAAUUAUUUUUUAUAUAUAUUAAAUAGAACUUGGAAACUAAUUUUUUGUCCUACUUUAAAUAAAAAUAGAAAGGAACUAUGUGUAGUUUUUAUUUACCUAACCCAUGAUAAUUUAAAAAGCUGAAUGAAAAAUAAAAUUUUAGUAAU